AUGAGACCACCAUCAGCCUGGACUUCACUGGUUCUCUUCUUUGUUAUUCAGGGGACAUGUCGAGCUUGCACAGUGAAGAAAUUGGGCGGCAGCACCGGCCGAUUCGCCAACGCCACAUUGGUACGUCUCUCCGAGUUUUUGAGCGCGGGCUACAAGAAAGGGGUGCGACCGGUCAAAGACUGGCGGACGUCCACCCUGGUUGCCAUCGACCUGAUGGUUUACUCCAUCCUCAAUGUGGAUGAGAAGAACCAGGUUUUGACAACAUAUGUGUGGUACAGACAGUCCUGGACAGAUGAAUUCCUCGUCUGGAAUCCCGAUGACUUCGACGAGGUCAAACAAGUUUCCAUACCAACCGCCAACGUGUGGGUGCCGGACAUCCUCAUCAAUGAGUUCGUCGACGUGGGGAAGUCUCCUGACAUACCGUACGUUUAUGUGACCCACGACGGGUUGGUGCGCAACUAUAAACCCAUCCAGGUGGUCACCGCCUGCACGCUCAACAUCUACAACUUCCCAUUUGACGUGCAGAAAUGCAGCCUGACAUUCCAGAGCUGGCUCCAUACAAUUGAUGACAUCAACAUCACGUUGAUGCGCAGCCCCGAGGAGCUGAGGGAGGACAAGAGCGUCUUCAUGAACCAAGGAGAGUGGGAGCUGCUGCACAUUCUGUCCAACUACAAAAUCUUCAGUGUGGACAACGAUGACUAUUAUGCCGAGAUGAAGUUCCAUGUUGUGAUCCGUCGGCGGCCGUUAUUCUACACGGUCAACCUGUUGCUGCCCAGCAUCUUCCUCAUGGUGAUGGACAUCGUGGGCUUCUAUCUGCCACCUGACAGUGGCGAGAGAGUUUCCUUCAAGAUCACCUUGCUGCUGGGAUACUCCGUCUUCCUCAUCAUUGUGUCCGACACUUUGCCCGCCACCGCCAUUGGAACGCCACUGAUAGGCGUGUAUUUCGUGGUUUGCAUGGCGCUCCUGGUGAUCAGCUUGACGGAAACGGUGCUGAUUGUGCGUCUGGUCCACAAGCAGGACCUGCAGCCCCCGGUGCCCCACUGGUUGAGGUACCUGGUUCUGGAGAGAGCUCCGGCCCUCUUCUGCAUUUACAAGAAGCACCGGCUGUGCUCCAGACUGUCCUCACAAGACUCCAAUAUGGAUGACUACAAGGACAACAAUUAUGGGACUGCUCAGUGUACGCUCCAUCACACCUGCGAGAUCGGCCGGCAGCACGAGAGGGAGGCGGCCCUGCUGGGUCGGGCCCUGCCGCCCUCCAGGGACCCGUCGUCGCCCGUCGUGAGCAACAUCCUGCAAGAGGUCACGGCGAUACGCAACUUCCUGGAGAAACGGGAUCGUGGCAACGAGGUGGCCAAGGAGUGGCUGCAGGUGGGCUACGUUCUGGACGUGCUGCUGUUCAGGGUCUACCUGGUGGCCGUGGUAGCCUACAGCAUCACGCUGGGGACGCUGUGGUCCGUCUGGCAGGUGGCCUGA